UUAUUUUCUUUAUUCUCAGCAGAUACUAUGGGUGAAAUGCCGUGAUUACAGAUCGCGGAAACUCGUCAUUUUCCGAGAGCUUCUGCUCUUGUCGAAAUACACGUCUUAUUGAUUGCCCGUGAGAGAAAACAAAUACGCAUUGAUUAUGGGUCACGCGCUGAAGAACUUUGUUCAGCAUGUGAGACUGACAGUGUUUCCGUUUUGGCGGACUUACGUGAUCGUCUUGGCUCCUUUGUUGCCCAUCAGUCUUCUGCUGAAUCACUACGAGAACACGGCUGCAAGAUGUGCAUGGGGUGUCAUUGUGAUGAGCAUCUAUUGGAUGACAGAAGCUGUUCCCCUGGUUGUCACAGGAAUGCUGCCAGUCUUCAUUUUUCCAGCUCUGGGUCUCAUUGACUCUGACACUGUUUCCAAACUCUACUUGACCAAGUCGAACAUGCUGAGACUGAGUGAGUCCCUGAGGGUUGAUUGUGAUGAGAUUUUACUGUAUGUAAUAUGCGUUUCUUUUCUCUACCUUAUAGCUGGCUUGAUGGUGGCAGUGGCAAUAGAAAACGUCAAUCUCCACAAACGGAUUGCACUCAGGAUUAUCCUUCUGACCGGAACUUCUCCUAGAAGAAUAAUGCUUGGCUUCAUGCUGUCUGCUGUGCUGAUUUCCAUGUGGAUCUCCAACACGGCAGCAUGUGCUAUGAUGGUGCCGAUUGUUCAAGCCGUUCUUGAAGAGAUUUACGGCCGCAAAGAUGUGAGAGCGACACCUGUUGAAACAUUGCCGAUCUUAGCCUUCAAAAAUCGUGCAUUCCCCUUACUACAAUCAAACCUCUUUAAAUCGAACUUCACGGGACCAGCGAAAAAUUCGAUUAUGGAUGCCUUGAGUCAGGGAAACAAACAUUUGUGUUGCUGGCUGACAUCAAGAGACACAGUGCUUCCUGAAGUGGCAGACGGACUUUUCUCUCACCACUCAGAAUACAGAAAGGAGGCGAUGGACAUUGAAGAAGAAAUCGGUCAUCUUCGAGACUCCAACUCGAUGCAAAUUCUGAAUAAUAUGAAUUACGACGGGAAAUCUUUCUCCGCAGACGCAGUCAAAGUGACUGUGCGCAAAGAAGACAGUGAAAACAACAACAAUGCUGAGGAACUGAAGAAGAGGUACCACACUGCCAAAAUCGGCAAUUUGUUGGCAAUCUGCUUCGCUUCCAACCUCGGAGGAACUGGUGUUGCCACAGGAACUGCCCCAAAUCUCAUCCUUAUUGGCAUUUUAGACGCAAUAGCAGACGUGAUGAGACUGUUUCGCACACCAACAAAUGUGCCAGAAGAUGUUCGGCGGCGUUGGGAGGAAGAAGCUGAUGCCGAGGUCAGGGCUCGACAUGUCAUUCGAGCUCGGUACGACUCCUUGGGUCAAAUCAGGUUCGAGGAGGCCAUGGUCCUGUUUCUCUUCAUCAUUCUUGUCGCGUCGUGGGUCUUCAGGUCACCGCAAUUCGUGCCUGGCUGGGCCCACUGGUUCCAAGCGGACGUCAGUGAAGCGUCUACAUGUGUGAUGAUCAUUUUCCUCAUGUUCAUAAUUCCGAAGAACCCGUCGUUUCCGUUCUUCACUGGCGUGAAGGACAAAGAUAACCCACCCGAAGCUUCAAAGGGGCUUUUGAACUGGCAAAUUAUCCACGAAAAAGUCCCCUGGAACGUCGUCAUUUUAAUGGGUAAUUCAAAGCUUAUAAAAAUUACGAAAAGCACAUCAAAAUACAUGGCACUUGCAAAUGUUUUGAUUUGUGUAGGCGGCGCCGUCGGUAUGGCAGAGGUGUGCAAAACGAGUGGUCUCACCACAACUGUUGGUGAGCAAUUUGGGCGCCUCGACUAUUUAUCGCCGCCGGUUGUGCUGCUAAUUAUGACCACAGUGACGGCGUUCCUCACUGAACUCGCUUCGAAUGCCGCCACGGCGUCCAUCGUGCUUCCAAUCCUCCAUUCCCUGUCGAUGCAAAUGGGAGUCAAUCCUUUGUACUUCAUGUUGCCAGCGACAAUCACGACGUCGUACUCUUUCAUGCUUCCAGUGGCAAAUCCUCCAAAUGCCAUCACUUACACAGCAGCCGGCAACAUGAAAGUUUCAGACAUGGUAAGUGAACUCACUGUUGCUGGAUUGAUAAUCGCUACGUACUAUAAUUCGAAAAAGCAAUGA